AUGGGUGCCUCUCAAUCAGUCUCAGAAAAUUCCAUCCAUGAAUUCACUGUCAAGGAUGCCAGAGGCAAAGAUGUGAACCUCAACGCCUACAGGGGCAAAGUUCUUCUUGUAGUUAAUGUUGCUUCAAAAUGUGGAUUUGCGGAGGCCAAUUACACCCAGUUAACUCAGCUUUAUUCCACAUACAAAAGCAGGGGUCUUGAGGUUUUGGCAUUUCCAUGCAACCAGUUUCUGAAGAAAGAGCCAGGGACUAACCAGGAGGCACAAGACUUUGCAUGUACAAGGUAUAAGGCUGAGUAUCCCAUUUUUGGGAAGAUUCGUGUGAAUGGAUCAGAUAGUGCACCUGUAUACAAAUUCCUGAAAGCCCAGAAAUCUGGAUUUGCAGGAUCAAGAAUCAAAUGGAAUUUCACCAAGUUUUUAGUUGAUGAAGAAGGCCAUGUCAUCCACCGUUAUAGCCCAACCACUAAGCCAUUAGCCAUUGAAAAUGACAUCAAGAAAGCAUUACGGGUGGCUUGA